GGCGGUUCAGUUUGAAAAGCAAUGUCUAUGUACUAAAACUUAGGAAGUGGGUGCAAAAUAACUUGUUACGUUUUGAUGAUUAUAUAGUGUAACUAUUACGGGAGCGUGCGUUUUGCUGCAGGGUACGUGAGUAAUUGCAGGAAUGGCAUCAAGCAAAUUUGUUUUGAAGUGUGGGAAAUUUGCUGUUCUAGUGGAGCUUCAUAUUUUGCCUCAAGGCACCAGCAAAGACACCAGCUGGUUUUCUGACCACCAGAAAGAGGAAGUUGGCUUAAUGAUUAAAGAAGCUGUUGUACUACGGAUUAAACAACAUUUGGAGACCAGAAAACAACAUAGCCAAUCAAAACAAAAUAAGGAAUGUACCCCAGCAAAUCCUUUAUAUCUAAAAGGUAGGAUACAAUGGGAUUAA